AUGAGCUACCCGGUACCUGUUACUGCCUCGUCUCCUUCAGAAUCCCGUAGCCUGCGAUCAUGGCCACAGCAUGUAUCCGCGAGUGGGCUCGCGGUGCCCGCGGCGGUGCCCCGUCAUCAGUUCGAUCAUCCUGAUAUACACAACGAGUUUGCGCCGGCCGCCGCCAGCCCGUCCUUUGAAUCAACAGCGCGUUUUGGAGUCUCAACAAACGCUUCGUCACAAGCCAACUCUACAACAAACCUCAACGAUCCCGACCCGCUUCCAAGCGCACACGAGCUGGAAGUGGCCGUGCGAGAUAUUCCUAGGCGCCAGCACGAACUCGGUGAUUUCCAUCAUGGGCCGGAAACAUUUGAUAUCAAUCGUGAGACGUCACUGGUAGCGGCCCCCCAGGCUGAGUUGGGUGCCUUCCAGCAUGGUCCCGACACAUUUUCACAGAGCGAGGCCAAGGUACUCGGGGCGCCUACGGCCGAGCUCGGCGCAUACCACCACGGCCCCGAUACCUUCGAGGAUGGGCAUGAAGACAAAAUGCUGGGUGGCUUUCCUGCAGCGGCGGAGAAGUAUCAACCCGAACGGGAAGACAAGGUGCUGGGGAGCUUCCACGACCUGAUGAAUAUGGCGCCGAGUGGACGGAAUGGUCGGCCGUCUGGUCCUUCAGACACCUCGGGGUGGCAGACGUACGAGAUGCAGUCGAUUCGGCCACGGUAA